CGGGACUAUGAUUCUGACGUUACGUCGCAGCCUCGGUAAUGGCAAGUGACAGAGGUUGAGGAAGACGAGGCGAAACUUUUUUUUGGAGCUUAGUGUUCUGCUGUAGGAUUGUUUUUAUGCCUCGUGCUAACACCAGAGAAACAUAAUUUUACUGUGACAGUUACCCGGCGUCUGAGCGCGUGAUAACCGUGUUUCUAUUGACGGUUAAAGUCGGUUUGUCUUGACGGUAUCAGAAGUAUCAGAAGUUUGUCCGUCUUCGAGUAAAUACAGAGUCAUCGAAGAACAACAGCAAUGACGAACAGAGAAGACGAGUAUGACUAUCUGUUUAAAGUGGUGCUGAUAGGAGACUCUGGCGUAGGGAAGAGUAACCUGCUGUCUCGCUUCACUCGGAAUGAGUUCAAUCUGGAGAGCAAGAGCACCAUCGGGGUGGAGUUUGCCACUCGCAGCAUCCAGGUAGAAGGCAAGACUGUUAAGGCUCAGAUCUGGGACACAGCGGGACAGGAGAGAUACCGAGCUAUCACUUCUGCGUAUUACCGUGGAGCGGUUGGAGCUCUCUUGGUUUAUGACAUCGCCAAGCACCUGACGUACGAAAACGCUGAGCGCUGGCUGAAGGAGCUGCAGGACCACGCUGACAGCAACAUUGUCAUCAUGCUGGUGGGCAACAAGAGUGAUCUGCGCCACCUCAGGGCAGUGCCAACAGAUGAAGCCAAGGCCUUUGCAGAGAAGCAUGGCUUGUCUUUCCUGGAGACGUCAGCAUUAGACUCAAAUAAUGUGGAGCUGGCUUUCAAGACUAUUCUCACAGCCAUCUACAACAUCGUGUCACAGAGGCAGAUGUCAGGGCGAAGCGACUCAGACUUCUCACCAGCCUCCAACGUAGUGCCCAUCACAGUUGAGCCCACCCAAAACUCAGCCAGUAAGGGUGUCUGCUGCCAGAACAACUGAGACCCUACCACUGACCCCCUCCUUCACCUCCAGGCUGUAUUGGAGAAACAACCAGCUAGACAAACAGAGACAGACAGAUGGACAGGGGAAAUGGAGAGACAGGUAGAGAGAACUGUUUUACACAAGGACACUUGUAAUGGGAAUGAUUUGUCUGAUGUCUGCUUAAGAAAACGUCAUGCAGUAUAAUGCAGGGGACCAUGGAGGGAGGAACAGUAAGGAGGUUCAGGUAAACAGAUAGGGAGGGUUGUAGUGAUGUGCAUUCUGCUCUGAGAGAGGUACAUGAUCAGAACUCAUUCACAAUCUGAUGAAAAAUUUAACACACGAUUAGGUCCUUUUUGUAUCUCAUCAUAAUUUCUGUCUUUGCAAACUGCCUCUCUUUUUUAAAGCUGUACUUUACAAGCCAGUAAAUGCUGUCUUUCAAUUUCUCACUAUCAGGAUAUUGGGCAAUAAAAAUUCCACAUCAAAAAAGACUGAACUGCAACCCCUCUGUCCCCACCGUCAUUCCCAUUUUCCACUAAAUGUAUGAUAUUCAGAAAUAAAGUCCCUUGAAAUAUUUAUUGAACACUAGAUUAAGGUCUUGUUUGGCCAAAGGGUUUGCAGUUAACACUAGUUAAUUUAGAUUUUCUACACUGAUGGCUUCACACUAAAGGCAGCUCUCUUGCUUUCCAAAGCUUUGUCCACGAUCGUCUCUGCAGCAGCUCAUAAAGACAGCUACACCUCACUAAUACGGGAGCGAAGGGCUUAAAGUCAUUUUUCCUAAACGCACAUACAAGAAUUUGGUGGAAGUUGGUUCAUGUUGCGUUCCACCAGACCACUCAGAGCAAUAACAUCCCUCUCGAACAGUGACAUGUAAUUUCUUUUUGAUUGCUUUUGAUCUUUGUUUGGAAGGCUUCCCCGCUCUCUGCACACUUUGUUCUCUACAGAUGAGUCAUGCUCUCGCAAGCUUUGCACAGCAUUAACUCCAAACUCCAACUUUUAUAACAGAUAGCUGCAUCAGUAGUGGAUGGGUGAAGUGCCUGGCAUGCUGGCUAGUGGGACUAAAGUUUUUGGCUCAGCUGAUGACUCUUUCUUCCCCGUCCCUAACCUUUCGCGUGAAGCGGGAGAGGUUAAGAAAUUGUUUUAAAUGCAUGGACAACCCUGUGCUGCUGCUGCUGCUGCUGCUGCUGCCUGCUAGCUGGGAUAGAUGGAUGGAUGGAUGGAUAAUGUUUCAGGGGAUGAGCUAGUGAGGGCACUCAGCCCUGCCCUGCUCCUGUGGUCUAUGAUGUGCCCGAGAUGGCUUGUUUUACUGUAAGUGAAAUCCUCCACUGCUGCCUGCUCACCUACUCCUUUCUGUGUCUCUCUACGCUGUAUGUAACUGGAACAGGACUCUGCCUUCUGGGAUCUCCCUGAGGUCUGCCCUCGCGCUCACUUGUCUUUAUUUCCUGUGGAGAGGGCGGGGGUUGUAUCAGGGAGCCAGGAUUGGGUUUGUUAGUAUUUAAUAGUUUAAUAGAUGAGGAAAGGAGAAAGUAUGGUAGAGCUGGGAAGGGCUUAAUUAAAUCCAAAGGUUAUGCACACAGAUGGUGUUUAUCCUGCUGAUGUGUUUCCACAUCAACACUGACUUCUGUCGACUUCACAGGUCUUUAACUGGGUGGUGUAGGUUAGGGCUUUUUAACAUUUAUUCUAAUAUAUGUAUAUUGGACUGCAUAUGUAUAAAUAAAUCUCAUUUGUUAUA